UUUGGCCGUAUUUGUGUUAAGUACAAAACUUAUCGAAAAGCUGAGAAACAAGAGAAAAUGCUAUAGAAGUCAUAAAACGGAAAGAUUCUACCAAGAAUACAUAUGUCAAAUGUAAGAGGGAAAUAAAGCAUUGCUCCGUGCAUUAUGCGCGCAACCCGGGCCCGGUCCCGGCCUCCCGGUCCCGGGGCAAGAAGAAGAACGCCAUAAACAAAAACAUUUGAACGGAAACUCUGUACCAAAGUCCAAAACUGCAAUUUAUCCUACAAAAAAACCAGGAAAUGUACCAGAUCUCCAAGAAACAAGAGCCACUGGUGACACAAGGCCAUCAUGUUUAUAACAAUGAACAUAAAACCAUGAACUGUCUUGUUUUAGGCAACGAUAGAGUUCGUGAGGUUAAGCCAGGUACAAAAUUUCUGAAAAGCCCUAAAUGGUGAAGGAAAGGAAACACCAAUUUAAUUGUUGAAAUGAGCUGGAAAGAUCAUACAUACAAGAAGCAGACUACUCAUGAAUAACAUGAAAGGUGUAAAAUUUAAGAAAAGCCCUAAAGUGGAUAUGGAAAGAAAAAUUUAAUUUCUGAGAUGACAUGGAAAGAUCAUGCAAGAACCAAACCACUUAUGUAUAAACUGAAAGGUACAAUACUUCAGAAAGCUAUUAAGAAGAUGGAUAAGCAAAGAAAAAUUUAAUUGCUGUGACAAAAUGGAAGAUCUUUACAUUGAUAUGAAGAUAAUUUUUCGUGUAUUUCUAUACUUCAGCUUGCCGCUAACACACAGCCCUACUGGGAAUGGGGGACGUGGCCUAGGCAGGCAGAGAUGCCAACUAGUCAGUUUCCUUCACUCCAGAUGCAACUAACUCAUUAGGUCUCAUCGACGAACUCAACAUGUCCACCAACAGACCACCACCUAUUGCGACAUGGCGAUGGCUACACUUGACCUCAGCUUUUGUGCUCUUCCUCUGCGCGACGCUGCAGGAAGAUCGACCUGGUCAUGUGAUGGAAGUAUACAUGAAUUUCCAGUUACCUUCAUCUCUGGUUGACUGGAGCCGAAUUGGUGUUGAGAAGACCUGCUUGUGUAAGAUGAUGUGUCAGUCUCUGCCCAAAUGCUCAGCUGUGACGAUUCAACCAGACAGUGACAUUUUCGGUUCCUUUAUUUGCCACUUCGCCAACCAAUCAGUCUCAGAAGCUCUUUUAUUGCCUAUGGAAAAUGAAAUCACCCUGAUCAAACCUCAGAGGAGAGAUGAUGUUGCAUGCGACGAUGGAUUCUUCCUCAUAGAAAAUUCUGGGUGUUUCCACAUCGACCAGACUGCAAGGACGUGGAAUGACGCCUCUCUGUUUUGCCAGAGCAGAGGGGCCAGUCUCUUCCUUCCUUCGAUGCCCGGAGAGUUGCAUGUUGCAGAUGAGUACAUGGAAGAGGUUGGAGCCGUUGAUUGGUGGGUCGAUGCUACAGGCCGGAGAUGGGGAGACGACCGUAUCAUUGACGUAGAAGACUGGUACCCAAAUAAACCCAAUGGCGCCAUGACAGAAUGCGUUGUCAUGAAGAGGAAGUCUGCCCAUCAAUAUCUUCUUGAUGACCGAAACUGUAAUGACCAGAACUGGUCUCUAUGCAGAAAAUAAGUGACUACUGCUGUUAGUACUACGACCACGCAUCUGCCGUUGCCACUGCUGCUAUAGUAGAUUCACGUCAACCGUGCAUUUGAUGUCUAGGGCAGUCCCUUACCACGCUCUUGAUUGGCUGUUGAUAAGCCAGUCGCAGAGCUGGAAACUCUCAGUCUUUCUUGAGAGGCAGGAUGUAUGUUCCACCUCUCCUGAAAGACGGAUCCCCCAGGAUAGGUGGAACAUAGAAAAUACCCAUGUGAACUCUCGAGAGAGUCUGAGAGUUUCUAGCCCUGUGAUUGGCUUAUCAACAGCCAAUCAGGAGCGUCGUAAGUGACUGUCCUAUAUAUCAAAUGCACGGUUGAUGUGAAUCUACUAUAGUACUACUACUGUUAGUCGGGCCAUAGACGAUCCAAGUGACACCAUAUCAAGUCUCAGUUGUUGUGUGUACUCGUGGAGGACGAACAUGAGCAAGAAGCUCUUAUGCUCUGCGAUAAUUAUCGCUUUCGAAGGCGACACUGUAGAAGUGAAAAGAUAAAGAAAGGCACGGAUGAAAGAGUGGCUCAAGAAAAGGCCAAGGUUUUCCCACGAGACGCUAUUAAACGAACUCGUGAUGUCAUCACCCGAGGAUUAUAAACAUUUUUGAAGGCUGAAGAUGAAAAUGCUUGGGUAAUGGGAGAAGGAGGGAGGCAAGUAUUUUCAUUAGAACCAACUAAUGUGCGAAAUGCAUCAACCUCAGCAAAGGAAGUAAGAAAUAGAUAUUGCCAUUACUUAAUAAUGUUGGUGCUAUUCCAUGGCAUUAAACUUGCAAAAAAAAAAAAAAAAAAAAAAAUCUAUAAAUGCAAUUGUGGUUGUCAGACUUAGGUCUAUUUUGCACUAACUUAUGUCACUUUGCCAGUUUAAUAUAGGUUUGUUUUCCAAAAUUAACUUUAGUUUUAAGCACGAUUUUUCUGGGUAUAUCUAAGUGCAUUUAAUAUAAGCCAAAAAUAUAUAACUAUGUAUUGAAGCUUAAUGAAUUUUGACAACCAUCUUUAACAAAUAUGCAUUCAAAAUUAUGUAUUGUAAACUCUAAGUUUCAUAUAGGCCUAAUCAUAAUUUAAUUUGUGCUAUACUCGGUUUUUUUUCCAUGUCCACCCGCCUGUGGUGUUUGCGUAUGAUAACACUGCGUCCCGGGCUUUAGAUAGUUACAUUCAGCUGACACUCAAUAAUAAUAAUGAUAU